AAAAAAAUCUAAAUCACGUUCUUCUUCGUCUCAAGAUCCAGAAAACUAAACUAAACUAGAAGAUGAGUUCAAGAUCUGUCCUUACAACAAUCUUGCUAAGUCUUUUACUAGUUGAGUUAUGCUAUGGAGGUUUCACAAGUGAAUAUGUCAGAGGAACUGAUUUGCCCGAUGACAUGCCAUUGAACAGCGAUGUCUUUACAGUUCCUCCUGGUCCUAACACUCCACAACAAGUUCAUAUAACUCAAGGGAACCAUGAAGGUAAUGGUGUGAUCGUUUCUUGGGUUACUCCGGUUAAGCCCGGUUCAAAUACUGUUCGAUAUUGGUGUGAGAAUGAGAAGUCGAAGAAGCAAGCUGAAGCUACUGUUAACACUUACCGGUUCUUUAAUUACACUUCUGGUUAUAUCCAUCAUUGUCUCAUCGAUGAUUUGGAAUUUGAUACAAAGUACUACUAUGAAAUUGGUAGUGGCAAGUGGCGUAGACAGUUCUGGUUCUUUACUCCGCCUAAGUCAGGCCCUGAUGUACCUUACACCUUUGGAUUAAUCGGGGAUUUGGGACAAACAUAUGACUCAAAUAGUACAUUAAGCCACUAUGAGACGAAUCCGGGGAAAGGACAAGCUGUUCUGUUUGUAGGAGACUUGUCUUACGCGGAUCGCUACCCGAACCACGACAACAAUAGAUGGGAUACUUGGGGAAGGUUUGCUGAGAGAAGUGUUGCUUAUCAACCUUGGAUAUGGACUGCAGGCAAUCACGAAAUCGACUUUGUUCCGGAUAUUGGUGAAAUAGAACCAUUCAAGCCUUUUAUGAAUAGGUAUCAAACGCCAUAUAAGUCAUCAGGAAGCAUCUCUCCAUUGUGGUAUUCGAUCAAAAGGGCGUCGGCUUAUGUUAUUGUUAUGUCUUGUUACUCAUCUUAUGGUAAAUAUACUCCUCAAUACAAAUGGCUGGAAAAAGAGUUGCAAGGAGUGAAUCGAACAGAGACGCCGUGGGUUAUAGUCUUAGUACAUUGCCCGUUUUACAGUAGCUAUGUGCAUCAUUACAUGGAAGGUGAAACAUUGAGAGUCAUGUAUGAAGAAUGGUUUGUCAAAUACAAGGUUGAUGUUGUGUUUGCAGGUCAUGUUCAUGCCUAUGAAAGAUCGGAACGUGUUUCUAACAUUGCUUACAACAUUGUCAAUGGACUGUGUGAGCCAAUAUCGGAUGAGUCAGCUCCUGUUUACAUCACUAUCGGGGAUGGAGGAAACUCCGAAGGCUUGGUUACCGACAUGAUGCAGCCACAACCAAGCUACUCCGCCUUUCGAGAAGCUAGCUUCGGGCACGGGCUACUAGAGAUUAAAAACAGAACUCAUGCCUACUUCAGCUGGAAUCGUAACCAAGAUGGGAACUCUGUAGCAGCAGAUUCUGUGUGGUUGCUUAAUCGGUUUUGGCGAGCUCAAAAGAAGACACAAAUUGAUGCAUUUUAAAACACAAACUUAAACAAGGUUGUAUUGUUUCUGCAAUUCUAAAUAAAUAAAUCAAUCAAUGACUAUUUUAUAAAA